GGAAAUGUAAAACCGAAUUCGGAAGGAACGAACAGAUUUCCCACGGCGUCGUCUGAGCACGAACAUGUGGGCUUCCACCGUCUCCUUCCCUUGUCUUUUAAACCCUCGUUUUCCAAUUCUUCUCAGUAAUCCAACCCAUGGUACAGCCCGUCAAUCUCUCAAUCUUCGAGCUUCUUUCUUUGAUUAUCCCCUUGCCAGCAGAGUCAUGGUUAGAAAUUUACCAUACUCUACCGAUGAGGGUCGGCUGCAAGAAGAAUUUUCAAGUUUUGGUGAGGUUGCUGAAGUGUUAUUAGCAAAAGAUAGAGUAACAAAAAGACCGAGAGGUUACGCGUUUAUUCAAUACACUUGCCAAGACGAUGCAAUGCUGGCACUGGAAAAUAUGGAUGGCAAGAAAUUUGAUGGAAGGACGAUCUAUGUGGAAGUUGCAAGACCUGGGAGUGAUUCUUUUGGAGGAUAUCCAAGAACCUCUGGACCCCCGAAAGAGCGGCCGAAACUGGAGCUAGAAGAGGUGGCAGAUUGCUGGUAUUGAUAUUGUUCUUACUGAGAUACACACAAUAUAGAAUAGAUGACUUAACAGUUAAUGACAGUUCUGCCCGAUGAGAUCGAUUCCAAAGAAUUUGUGCUUGAAGGAUUGUUUGAUGUGAGUGAUGGAUUCAUUACAUUUAUACAUAUAGUUUCAAGCUUUAAAUUCUGAUGCCAUUCUGCAGCUCUUCUCCCGCAAUUUGUACGCAACUGUUUAAGAGACUUAAUGCAUCUCCUCGUGCUUAUUGCUCUUUGUAUUGUAGCAAUUUA